GCAGAUUCUGUUUUACUGGACAAAAUUAAUGUGAGAAGUGAUAAGAUGAAUGAGCAGCACCAUACAUUGAUCAACUUAUCUUACAAACAAACAUGCAUCUCCUCCCAAACUCUCCCCUCCUUGAAAACCAUGGUAAUGCUAUUGCUUCAACUCAACUCAACCUCCUUAUUAUUCCCACAAUCCCAUCAUUUCAACAUUAAAUUGGCAUCAUCCAGACCGCCUAAUCAUCUCAAUUUCUCUAAACUCAGGGCUCUCCAAACCGUUAGCAAUGCCGAUUCCACGCCUGAAGACCAAACUCCUCCUCUUGUCAACUUCGCAUUUGUCCACUCGGUUUUGCUGCCGGAUGGAACGCCGGACGUGCAUUAUCGGAAGGCGUGUGGAGGGCAGAAACUGAGGGAGAUAAUGUUGGAUAACAAUGUUGAAUUGUAUGGACCAUAUUCUAGGCCUCUGCUCAACUGUGGGGGAGGUGGAACUUGUGCUACAUGCAUGGUUGAGGUCGUUCAAGGAAGGGAGUUAUUGAACCCUCGAACAGAAAAGGAAAAGGAAAAACUUAAAAAGAAACCCAAAAAUUGGAGACUUGCUUGUCAGGCGAUCGUCGGUGAACCAGAUUCCAGAGGACUGGUUGUGAUCCAACAACUUCCAGAAUGGAAAGCGCACGAGUGGAAGUAUGCAAAAGAAGUUCCUGAAGGCGUUUUUCACAUAUGAAAAACUUUUUUAGCUCUCUUUUUCCUUUUUCUUUUUUUUUCUUAAAUAUAGAUUUUUUUUUAUUUCCAAUUUGGGUCUCUAAAACCUGUAUUUUUGCUCAGAGAUGUGAAGGGAAAAAAAAAAGAAUGGAGAAAUAGUUGAUUUGCAAA